CUUUGUGAGCGGAAGCAGUAGAAGCAGACUGAUUCAGCAGAAAAAGAGGCUAUAAAACUCCCCUAAAAUGGGCUUUGUAAAAGUCGUGAAAAACAAGUCCUACUUCAAGAGAUAUGAGGUGAAAUUCAGGAGGAGAAGAGAGGGUAAAACGGACUUCUUUGCCCGCAAACGCCUGGUGGUGCAAGACAAGAACAAGUACAACACACCCAAGUACCGCAUGAUUGUGAGGCUCUCCAACCGGGACAUCUGCUGUCAGAUCGCCUAUGCUAAGAUUGAAGGAGACCACAUUGUGUGCGCAGCCUAUUCCCAUGAACUGGCUAAAUAUGGAAUCACAGUGGGGCUGACGAACUACGCGGCUGCUUACUGCACAGGGCUGUUGCUGGCUCGGAGGCUCCUGCACAAGUUCGGCAUGGACCAGGUGUAUGAGGGCCAGGUGGAGGUGACAGGAGAUGAGUUUAACGUGGAGAGCGUGGAUGGUCAGCCCGGAGCCUUCACGUGUUACCUGGACACAGGACUGGCCCGCACCACCACUGGAAACAAGGUGUUUGGAGCGCUCAAGGGGGCAGUGGACGGAGGCCUGUCCAUACCACACAGUAUGAAGCGUUUCCCUGGUUACGACACCGAGAGCAAAGAGUUUGAUGCUGAGGUUCACAGGAAGCACAUCCUGGGCAUGAACGUGGCUGACUACAUGUCCUACCUGAUGGAGGAGGACGAAGAGGCCUACAAGAAACAGUUCUCUCGCUUCAUCAAGAACGGAGUCACACCAGACACGGUUGAAGAAAUGUACAAAAAAGCACACGCCGCCAUCAGAGCAAAUCCCGCCCACGAAAAGAAACCCAAGAAAGACGUCAAACCCAAGAGGUGGAACAGAGCCAAGUUGUCCUUGGCCCAAAGAAAGAACCGCGUGGCACAGAAGAAGGCCAGCUUCUUACGGGCACAAGAGCAGGAGGCAGGGGACGGUUAGGCCUCUGCCCCUGCCCUACUGCACACACCACAAUAAAGCUAUUUUUAAUGCAG